GCCAUACAACAAAAUAAACUUGACAACUCUGUACCAAGUUUACAAUGUCAACAAUGUCAAUGUCAAACACAAUCCUAACCUAACUUACUUAAAGUCAAAAUAAACAAGCUUCCCAACAAAUUCCUAAACCCCACUGAAAAAGCUCUCAAGGUUUGAAAAUGUCCCUGUACGACGACUACGAUACGGCCCAAGACAAGGUCCAAGGUUGGUCUUCCAGUAUAAAGCUUCUACAGUCCCAACUUCAACUAAAAAAAGCCUCCGUAACCCAACCCAAGAGAGAUCAAGCACGUAAAGUCAGCUUGGCCCCAGUUAUCGACCUGAAGAGUAAAAGGGAUGAGGAAGAUGGUGUACCGAUCAUGAAACAUGACAAUAUUGGUCGUUUGCCCAUUAUCAGCGGUGGUGUGUAUGGCAGUGAGUUCGAUUGGAAAGUAAUCGAUGAAUAUGACCCACUAUGGCCCAACGAAUACGAAAAGGUGGUAAAGGAACUGAGAAAUAAUAGAGAUAAGGAAACCGACAGGUUGGAGAGGGAAAGGGAUCGUGAUAGAGAGAGGCCCGAUAGGGAUUCUGAGAGACGCAAGGACAGGAAGAGGAAGAGCAGAUUUAGCGAACCGGAUGAUAGUCCUCCAAGGACUUUAAGCUCUUCGGUUCCCCAGAUUAGUCAGCCUGCUAUAGGUAGUGGUUUUGCAGGUCGUUGGGCAGACGACGAGGAAGAAGAGCGUCCCAAGCCUGUCAGACCUAUGGGUGGUGUCGCCAUAGCCCCUCCACCCAGUUUACAAGACAGCUCGCCCGAUCCGGUACCUAUCAUACCCAAUAAACCGCAGUCUAAUAGUUAUGGAGGAUCUGUUGCUGCAAAGAUUAUGGCAAGAUAUGGCUUUAAAGAGGGCCAAGGAUUGGGCAGAAUGGAGCAAGGGAUGUCAAGUGCCUUACAGGUAGAAAAAACGUCUAAAAGAGGAGGGAGAAUCCUUCAUGAGAAGGACAUCAUGCCUCCUCCGCCUCCUUUAGAAGUUGUCGAGAAAAAAGAGCCUCCCAUAACUGAGAUUAUGAAAAAUCCUAGCAAAGUGGUCCUACUGAAAAACAUGGUGGGUCCAGGGGAGGUGGACGACGACCUGGAACCGGAAGUAAAAGACGAAUGCAACACGAAAUACGGUCCGGUGGUGAGCUGCAUUAUCCACGAAAUCCCCCACGAAAAUCCCGAGGAGGCGGUUCGGAUUUUCGUCGAAUUCCAGAGGAUCGAGAGCGCGAUUAAAGCGGUCGUAGACUUGAACGCGCGAUUUUUCGGCGGUCGAAUGGUCAAGGCGAAUUUUUAUGAUCCCGAAAAGUUUGAUAAUUUACAGUUGAUGGAUUAGAGAGACUCUCUUUAUUGUGGUUUACCUUUUUUUAAUUAUUGUUGUGCAUUAGUUUGAAUAAUAAAGUAAGCGUGAGUAAUAAUAAUAAUAAUA